AUGAGCGCAAAAGACAGGCCGCGGGUUGUCGUCCGCUUCCGCUUGGUCCAGCCGAGUAACCACCGCGGCGGAAACGGCGGAGGGAGUGGCGCGCUCUCCGGUCGCCGCGUGGACUGCGAGUUGCAAGAGCUCGUUCCCAACUCCAAGGCCGUGCGCGUUCACAUUGCGCCGAUUCCGCCGAACUCUCCUGGCGGCGGAGGCGGAGGCGGAGGCGGGGAGAAGCCUGUUGCGCCGACCACUCCGCGCGCGGGCCUGUCGCACUCGAAAACGCUGUCGCGCGCGGAGACGAUGUCGUCGCAGCAGGCGCCGUCGUUGUCGCACUCUCACACGCUCGCCCACUCGCCCUCGUCGCUCGGCGGCAAGCAAGGCGCGUCUCGCGUCACCUUCGCAGGGGAACACGGCGGAAGAGGCGGCGGCGGGAGCGACGCAGGGGACUACGGCGGGCAAGCGAGGGAAAGAGAGCGAGGAAGGCGCGGAGCGGCGGAAGCGGGAGCGGCGCAUGGGGGUAAGCUGGGUGGGGUCGGCUCCGCAAGCAUGAGGAUCCGCGGGGACGCGGAACGCGGGGGAAAAGGGGGGCGGGAGGAACGCGGAGGGCCUGCACAAGCAGCGGAAGAAGCAGGAGCAGGCGGAGGAGGAGGAAGCUUAGCCAAGAGUUUGUUUGGACUGGGUUCAAAAAGCAAAAAGUUUGAACACAUGGUGGUGAUGGUCCCUGGGGAUUCCGCCGAUGCGUGCGACAGUCCCAGGGGAACGAGGAGCACCAGUAGCAGCACUAAGAGGUCGGGCGCAGGCGGAGGGGGAAGUGCAGGGGGAGCGGGAGGGGGAAGCGGGUCGCCAGUGCCAAAACUGGAAAAGAGCCGCAGCAGGGCUGAACGAGGGGGAGGCGGAGGCGGGGGGAAGACUCCGCGUGGGCGCAUGGAGGGGGUAGACAGCUGGGGCGGAGGAGGAGGAGGGGGGGGGGAGGGGGAAGGGGGGGAAGGGGGGCGGGCGCAACAGUAUUAUCACGCGGGAUCACCCAUUCCAGCAGCACCAGCAGCCAUGGCAGCAGGAGCAGCAGGCGCAGCAGAACCUGGGACGGCGCUAUUGUCUGCCAGACAGGCGUAUCCCAGGUCUCCCUCAGGCCAGGUGAUUCCUCAGGUGAAUAUUCAGGUGCCAUCACCAGUGGGACCUUCCCCACGUGGCCCCUCCCCCCGCGGCGCGUUCCUGAGUGGGCCUGCCUCGCCCUCUAUGCUCUACUCCUCUACUCCUUCCCUGGAUAAGCCCUCCCCUCGCAGUAGGCUGGGUGAUACCCGAGGGAGGCAGCAGCAGCAGGCUUGGGAGAACGGUGGGGGGUUGGGAGGAGUGCGAGUGGUGGAAGAAGAGGAGGAGGAAGGGGAGGAGCACGGGGAGGAGGACGCGGAAGAGGAAGGGGAGGAGGAAGAAGAGGGGGAACGGGAAGAGGAAGGGGAAGAGGACGAGGGGUUCGAAUGCAUUGAUGAGGAAGGGGUGGGUGAGUACCGGGCGGUUGCCGGGGGGGUGGGAGUGGGAGUGGGAGUGCGAGGGCUAGCAAAGGACCUCUCUAUUCAGAGCCAUGAGUCAGACGAGACUGCAGUGGUGGCUCUGCCUUUGCUCUCUCCCAGCGAGCUUCUGCAUGCUCCCUCCACGCUGCCUCAUCUAUAUGGGGCGUCCCAGAAAUCGCCCCGAGCUCUUAUGCGCGCUCCCGCUCAGCCGUUGCCGGUUUCGGGGCAGGGAGUAGGGAGGGAGAGGCCGAUAGGGAGAGGUGGGGGCAGUGUGGGGAGGAAAGGAGGGCAGAGGAGGGUUAGAGGGCCGGAAGAAGAGGAGAAAUGGGGGAGAGUUGGAUGGGAGGUAGAGGAGGGAAGGGAUGAAGAAGAGGUGGAGGAAGGGGAGAGACAAGGAGGGGAAGGAGGGGAGCGAGAGGAAGGAGGGGAAGGAGGACACGAGGAGCAGGAGCAGAAUGGGGAUGAAUGGCAUGGUAGCGAGGGGAGAGCGGGGUUGAAAACGAUCCCAAAUGGAGGAGGAGGAGAAGACGAGGAAGGAGCCAGAGACGAGUGUGUUUUUGAGAAUUCUCAUAAACACCCUGGAGGAGUAGAAGACGAAGGAGCCAGAGACGAGGUCAGAGGCAGUAAGCGGGUUGUCUUGAGUGAGCGGAAUAUGGCAAAAGGAGGAGAGUGGGAGGAGGAAGAGCAGGAGGAGGAGGAGGAGGAAAAGAUGGGUGGGAAUGGCGAGUAUGAGCAGGAGGAGGCUGGGGAGGAGGAGGGGAGAGAUGAAGGGAUAGCAGAGUACCCUAGGGGGGUGGGUAGAUGGAAGGACUCCUGGAAAGAAAUAGAGGACGAGGAGGAGGAAGACGGCGGAGAGGAAACGGGAGGCAAAAGGUCAGGUGGUUCUGAGGGACUGGUGAGCAAGGAGGGUGGUGGUGAACACAGUAGGGGCAACAGGGAGGUUGAGUCGUGGAGAGAAGAGGUGGCAGAUGGGAAGGAAGCGAAGGAGGGGGAUGUGCCUUGGGAAGCAGAAGAGGAAGGGGAAAGGGAAGGGGAAGGAGAAGGGCAAGGGGUAGGGGAAGGAGAAGGAGAAGGGGAGGGGGAAGGGCAAGGAGAACAGGAGAUGCAGAUUCACGAAAUGGAGAGGGGGAAGGAACGUGAAGGAGGGCCAAGAGGUGGGGUUCAUGUGUGGAGAGAGAGAGAAGGAAAGUUACGGGCGGAGGAAAGGAAAGAGGAGGUGGGGGGAAGUGAGAAACGGCAAGUUUUGGUGGCUGGUGGAGGUGUGGUGAGGGGAGAGAGUGCUGAUACGAUGGACCAUGCAUGGGCGGGGAUGGCCGAGGAGGAGGAUGAGAGAAGGGACGAUGAGGAGGAGGAAGGCGAGGAGGAGGAGGAGGAGGAGGAGGGGGAGGAGGAGGAAGGGGAGGCGGAGGAAGGGGAGGAGGAGGAGGAAAGGGAGGAGGAGGAAGAAGAGGAACAAGGGGAAGAGCAAGUGGAGGGGAAGAGGGUAGUAAGGGAGGAGGACGAAGGGGUGGAGGAGCAGGGGGAAGAGGAGAUGGUGGUAAGCAACUUGGAAGGGGAGGAGGAGGAGGGGGAGGAUGAGAAGAUAAGGGAGGAGGAUAGCUGGCAUGGUUUUGAUGCAGUUAGUGAUGAUGAUGAUGAUGAUGAUGAUGAUGAUGAUGAUGAUGAUGAUGAUGAUGAUGAUGAUGAUGAUGAUGAUGAUGAUGAUGAUGAUGAUGAUGAUGAUGAUGAUGAUGAUGAUGAUGAUGAUGAUGAUGAUGAUGAUGAUGAUGAUGAUGAUGAUGGUGCUGGUGAUGGUGAUGAGGAGGGUGGUGGGGAGGGUGGGGUGCAUGAUGGUGAUGGGCAUGGGAUUUGGCAUGGUGAUGGUGAAUUUGAGAGUCAAGAGGUGGGUCAUGAGCAGGAGGAGGUUGAUGAGGGCAGCGGGAUGGUAAUGGUGAGAGGCGAGGAGUGGAGAGAAGGAGACGCCAAGGCCCUCAGCAACCCCCAUGCACAUGCCAGCCUGGCUUCCUGCCAUGCGAGUUCCCACGCGGAUUCUCAUGAUGACAGCGAUGGGCAUUCAAGCAGACUCAUGCCUGAUGCUGAUGCUGAUGGUUAUGGUGAUGGUGGUGGUGGUGGGUGGGAGAAUGAUGGUGAUGGUGAUGUUAGGGGGAGUGCACACAUGGAUGAGGAUGCGGAGGGCAUGGGCCAUGACAUGAUGAGGGGAAGGUGGGGGGAGGAGGAAAAGGAGGAGGGGGAGAAGUGGGAGGAGAGGGAGCAUAUGGAGGAUUGCGAGGAGAGGGAGGUGUGGGAAGAAAGGGAGGAGAAGCAUGAUUGGGAAGAGAGGGAGGAGAGGGAGGAGAGGGAGGAGCGAGAGGAAAAGGAGGAGAGGGAGGAGAGGGAGGAACGGGAAGAGAGGGAGGAGGGGGAGGAGGAGAAGGAUAGGAAGCGAGCAGAGGAGGACAGUGAUGGGGAGAACACGGGAUACAAGGAGGAAGGCAGGGCGGAUGAGGCAGGGGUAAGCGAGGUAGAGGGGGAGGGGAAUGGAAAGGAGGAGACGGAUAGCGAUGAGGAGAUGGCUCGAGAGGAGAAGGACGGGGAGGUCGAGAUGGGAGGAGAAGAGGAGGAGGAGGAGGAGGAGGAGGAGGAGGAGAUGGAUGGUGUGUCAAGGUUGCCUAUAGCAUAUGGGAGAAGGGAAGAGGAUGAGGAUGAAGAGAGCGUCAUAUGUGGGAGUGUGAUAGUGCAUGACGACAGUGACAGGACCCCCCAUGCUGCACACAGCACUGGGGUAAGCGGGGACAGCAGGGGCAGCAGGCACAGUGGGGAGGACAGUGGGGAAAGUGCAGGGGUGGUGAGCAGCGUUCAUCAGCCUACCUAUGCUGCGCCUGGGCCUCUACCCCUAUCUGCCGGCUCGCCUGCGAUCCACUCUCGCCACUCCGCUGCCCACUUGGUGCCGUCUCUUCAAGCCCUCUGGCUGCCGUGGCACCGCUGCCUAUUGGACGUGGCAGGCAUCGGUCUGCUCACCGUGCGCUGCUCCUCCUCCCCAUCCUCCCCCUCCUCUCCUUCCUCCUCCGCAACCCCCCGCAUCGGGCGCUGCAACACUGCUCUCCUCCGCAUGCUUGGAUCGGCCGCUCGCCCUCCUCCCUCCCCGGCUGCACUGCUCUUCCCCCAGGCCAGUCACUCCGCUGCUUCUGCGGCUGCUGCGGCAGAUGUGGCAGCAGCAGGGGCGGAGCGUGGGUUGGUGCAUCAGCUGGAGGCGGGAUUGUCGGCAGAGUAUGAGGCGCUGCCGCUGGUCACUCUGCUGCACCCACGGCACCGAGAGGAAACAUGGCCUGCUCUUAUGGCGCUGAUUCUCACAGCCAUGGACCUGUGCAGCGGUGGGUCAAGCAAGCAGGAGCAAGCGCCAGUGGAGCAGGUUCUGGGAGAGCCCCUGCUCGCGUCCUUACAGGAUGCCCAUGGCCACGAGGUGCAUGUGGCUGUCUCCGUGCUCCCAGGGCCUCCAGGAAUGGGGAAUGAGGAGGAGGAAGAGGAGGAAGAGGAAGAGGAGGGGAGUGAUGGUGAUUGCGAGGAUGGGAGUGAUACGGCGGGAGGGCGUUGUCGCUCGGCGAACCUGUGCGACUUGACCCGACGACGAAUUAAGAGACUCGUGCGACCGAACGAUUGGGACGAAUCCAUGGCGGAUCUCUCCGCAGAGCUUCGACCAUACGAGGAGCGCGCGGCGAAAGCGGAGGAGCGGCUGGCUAAGCUGGAGGCAAUGGUGGGAUCACUAGGGUCGUCGGCGCUGGUGGGGGACGAGAAAGCAGCGCUGGCAGCGUCGCUGGAAGCAGUAAAGGCGGCGCUGGUGGGAGCCAGGACGCACGUGCAGCAGGCUGUGCAGGACAGCGCGCAGGCGCAGGCGCAGGCAGCGCAGCUGAGUGAGGAGAAUGCGAAGCUCAAGUACCGAGUGCUGCACCUCUCCCGCGCUCUUAGAGACGCCGACGCCAAGCUCGCUGCUCCCGCCUGA